AAUUAUAAAAUGAAAUAAAAUAUAAAAAAAGCAGUCAUACUUUCCCACAAAACCCAAAAGAUUUAUUGUAUCGGCGAUUCGCCGGUGAAAACAAGGAGAGAAACCCGCCGGUGAUACCGCCCUUCGAUCAUCCAUAUACACACACUUAUCUCUCUCUCUCUCUCUCUCUCUCUAUAUAUAUAUAUAUAUAUUGUAUAUACACACACACUCUGAAGCCCCUUUACGGCACGUUUCCUUUCACAUUCCAAUCUAGGGUUUAUCAACACACACACACAAUUUUCAUUUCAUUCCACAACACACACACAUAGUGUACUUUGAUAUUGUCGGCGACAGUGGUGGCGGUGGUCGGAAUCAUGACAGAACCGCCGCUAGUAGCAGAUGUCAAGGAAAAUAAAAAUAAAUUUAUAAAGGGUACUUUUGCUGUUGUUGGAAUUAUGUCUACCCUUGUCAUUUAUGGUGUUUUACAGGAGAAGAUUAUGAAAGUUCCGUACGGUUCAGAUCAUGAAUUCUUCAAACAUUCGUUGUUUCUUGUUUUUUGUAACCGAAUUACCACAUCGGCAGUAUCUGCAGUUUUUUUGUUGACGAGUAAAAAGACGUUGGACCCUGUUGCUCCAAUUUACAAGUAUGCUGUUGUAUCAAUAUCUAACAUACUAACUACAACAUGUCAAUACGAGGCUCUUAAAUACGUUAGCUUUCCUGUUCAGACCUUAGCCAAGUGUGCCAAAAUGAUACCAGUAAUGAUUUGGGGAACCCUAAUCAUGCAAAAGAAGUACAAAGGGCCAGACUAUUUUUUGGCUGUACUAGUUACCCUUGGUUGCUCAUUAUUUAUUCUGUUUCCGGGUGCAAGUGAGAUAAGUCCCUACCGCAACGGAAGGGAAAAUACAGUGUGGGGUGUCUCCUUGAUGGCUGGCUAUCUGGGGUUUGAUGGCUUUACUAGCACGUUUCAAGAUAAGUUGUUUAAAGGAUAUGAUAUGGAAAUUUACAAUCAGAUUUUCUACACUACUCUUUGUUCAUGCCUACUCAGCUUGACUGGCCUAAUGAUGCAGGGUAAUCUUCUCAUGGCAAUAGAUUUUGUUACUCGCCACAAGGACUGUUUCUUUGAUAUUGCAUUGCUUUCAACGGUGGCAACAGCCAGUCAAUUCUUCAUAUCUUACACAAUCCGCACAUUCGGGGCUCUUACAUUUGCCACCAUAAUGACAACUAGACAGUUAGUGAGUAUUCUACUGUCGUGCGUUUGGUUUGGUCAUCCACUUAGUGUGGAACAAUGCGUUGGAGCCAUCAUUGUCUUCGGAUCCCUUUAUGCAAGGGGUUUCUUGAAAAGAAGACCCGAGAAAUCUUUACCUUCAAUACACAAGUCAGAUGAAGAAGCAGCUGUGCCGUUGAAGGCAAUUGCAUGAUACAAAGUGGUUUCCUCUUAGGAUUUAGUAAACGAUUUUGGAUACACUUAUAGAAUCAACCACCCUUUUCUGUUGUUGCAAAUACUUGCAAACCAAAGACUACAUAUGUAGGAGCAGCCUCUGAUCAUCUACAACUUUUGGUUUUUUUGUUCUGUUUGAGUUCUUCAUUAUUUAUAUACGUUUUAACUUAAUGUUCCAAGGUAGAUAAAUGAAUAUGUCGGUGAUUAUCUUUAACUGUA